UUUGGAAACAGGCAUGCAGACAGUCGACCACUGCAAAGUGUGGAGCGCGGGACAGGCUGGCUCUAGCCCACAGCAUUCUUCAUCUGUCCAAGAGAAGACCCCAAACCUCCAGCCUACUGUGAGGCGCUCACACUCAUCCCAACCAAUAAUGUGAACAUCCGACGGACACGUUUGUCAGAUGUUUAAACUCAUCGUCGCUCCAUUGUACUUCAGCGCCGUCUAAAUUCAACACUGUCACCCAGUUCGCGGUCAGGCUACAGUAGAGGCUAUCCACAAGGAUACCUGGUGUGAGAUGCUGCAAUGUCCCGAGGAAAAUGCCCACGCGUGAACUCUUGCGGAUCCUUCUGGGUUUUGUCAGCGGCCCUAUUUGCAGUGAGUGUGAUCGACGUGAACGCGUACAGCUGUCAUGAAGUGAGGACCGCUUUCCAGCUGCGGCAGGUCGGGCCGCUGAACCGCGUACCGGAGACACCUGGCACAGAUGUGGAUCUGUUGAUCUGUAAGCACCAGGGUCCAUCCUGCUGCACCCGGAAAAUGGAGGAGAGCUACCAGUUUGCUGUAAAACGAGAAACCCUCCACAACAUUCACUCCUACAGCUAUGAGCUGGAGCACCUCAUCUCCGGCCACUCGGAUGCCUUCCAGGACAUGUUCCAGUACCUACUAUCCUUCUCUCAGGGCCACCUGAGUUCUCUGUUGGAGGGAACCUACUCAUCCCUGUCCCGCCAAGCCCUACCCCAUGUAAAUCAACUCUUCUCCUCACUCUCCCUCUACCUCCGUGGGGCCAACGUUUCUGUGGAGGCAGCAGUUCACCAAUUUUUUAACAACCUCUUCCCACUCGUCUACACACGGCUCAUCAAUCCAGGUAUUGAAGGCAGCAUGAUGGUGGGCAGUGAAAUGGGUGACUGUCUCCGUAUGAUCAGGCAGGAUGUCAACCCUUUUGGGCCUCAUCCAGCUGUCAUGGCCCAGGAGCUGGUUGGGGCAUUGGGAGCCGGGCGACAACUGGGUCUGGCCCUGGAGGAGGGUGUGGAAGUGAUGAAUGCCACCGAACAUGUCAGCCUAAGCAAAGAGUGUGUGAAGGGCCUUGUGAAGAUGGUAUACUGCUCCCACUGCAGAGGUUUGACGCUGAUCAAGCCCUGCGUGGGCUACUGUCUGAAUGUAAUGCGAGGCUGCUUGGCCGGUGUGUCAGAGCUGGACCAUUCUUGGAGGAGGUAUACGAUUUUAUUGGAGCAACUAACCCACGCCAUGGCCGGGCACCACAGCCUAGAACUAGCCCUGCUGGGGGUCAGGGAGCACGUUAAUGAGGCCUUGCUCUACGCACAGCUCCAUGGUCCACUCAUCACUGCCACAGUGGACAAGGUGUGUGGCCUGUCUACUAGGGAACCUACAGGCACACAGCCUACAAGCCCAGAGGUCACAACCUCUAUCGUGACCUCAUCGUCUCCUCUUCCAUCUGCCACCCCCUCCCAACCUUUACCAGAGCAGUGGUUGGGGAAGCUCGCUCACUUGAGGAGGGAGUUCUUGAUGUACCUGCAGCGCUACAAGUCUUUCUUUGCGGCGUUGCCAGAGAUGUUGUGCGAGGGGGAGAAUGUAGUGGACGACUCCACAUGCUGGAGCGGAGAUGAUGUGGUGGAGAGCUACUCUGGCAGAGUUGUAGGAAAUGGUCUGCACGCACAGAGGCAAAACCCAGAGGUCAAAGUUCGCAGUGCUGACCCUAUGAUGGCUGAGGUCAAGGAGAGGUUGGAUCGCUUCAACCAGGAGACCCAGGAGAGGUUUCCGAAACUAGGCCAGGUAGAGGCCUGGGAUGAGCUGGGCAGUGGGGAAACAGAGGAGAGCAGCACCACAGACUGUGAUGAUGAAGAUGGAUGUCAAGCCUCAGGAGACGGUCAAGAAAAGACCUCACAUACAGACACCCCCAGUGAAGGAAAGCCUAUCGGGAGACAGCCUGUAGGUGACAGCCCACAUGAGAAUCCUUCCAAGCCCCCCUCAGUGAAGGUGAUAGGGGGCUCGGCGUCUGCCAGCUGGGCAAGACCCUGGAGCGUUGCACUGCUCUUUGCUGCACUAUGCUUGCAGUGGACCCUAUUCUGAUGCCAGCACCGUGUGUAGAUCUACCGUUACCCCUUUAGGACACAUGUACAUGCAGACAGGCACUCAUAUAAUGUAAAUCACACGUAGUAUCCUUACUCCUGUCCUCAACCUACGUGGAUGGAUAGUAAUGAUGGAAAAAGAAAAAUGGAAAACAAGACGGAGAUGGAAGAGAGGAGGACGACAUUGUAGGAGACCGUAGAUGGGGAGCUCUUUCAGGAACUUGUUGUCCUGCAGCAUCACCGAUUUGUAUGAUUGCACAAGCUGGUCCCAUGCACGCUCAUCUACAAAGAUUAUGCCUGCUGCUUCCACUAGGCUGUUCUGGGACUAGAUGCGUGUGUAUACAGACACCAAUAUAUCCCUACAGCUCCUUGCUCCACUCACACAAACAGAUGCUUUUUAGUUCAGAACAGGAUUUCAUCAUUCUGAUUUUACUUAAAAACACUUCCACAUUUACAGACUCGCAUGCGUUUUACAUAUAACAAUACAGCUGUCUUCAUUUUCUGCUGCUGGGUUGUAUUUAUCCUUUCAGGCCAAAAACCUCAUCACAGCCGUUUGCUAGCCAGUAAGAAGAAUUCGGCUCAUUUUAAAAACUCAACUCAUUUUCUUUUUGAGGAUUAAGGAAUGUAUGAUAGAUUGAUAGAUCAGUCCCAGGUGCCUGGCCCAGAACAGCAGAUUUGAUAUAGUCUAAUGACUGUAUACCUUGGCAGGGAUUAGAAUGUAAUGAGUUCACAGGUGGAGCAGGGGCACACUUGCACAGCUGAACACAUUGUGCAGACAAACUAGGUGUGUAUAGUAACUAUAACUGUAUAUAGGUGGAAAGAUUUGAUGGUGUGUAUGAGGUUCUGAUUCUACAAAAAGCUCUUAAUUGAUUAAGCUGAAUGGGUUUUUCUUUUCUUUUGUACUAGCUAUGAAUGGACUGUGCUUGUCUGCUCCAUACUACAUAGAAAUCAAUGCAAGAAAAAAAAGAGAUUUAAUUUCUAUGACAAAUAAAGCAGGAAUGUACAUCAUUUUCGAACUCAAACCCAUGACAUAAAUGGACAAAUUUUGGACAUUUGAACAAAGUCUGUACAUUGUUGAGUUUACUAAUGUUUAUCGUGCAUCCAGUUUUGUGUGGUUGCUUGUUGAAUUGCACAUUAAUGCAUGUAUAACCUACCAGGUCAAAAUCAUUAUAAUGAGAUCAGGCCCUUCUUCAGGAAGCAUAAAGAACACAUAUUGUAUUUUAAAACCUUUUACCCAUAACUUUUCAGUGAUGACAUGACAUCAUGUUUUACUCUUUCCAAUGACGGUUUGGAAUUUGAAAACAAAGGUAAGGUUGGGCUGUAGAUGCAUCACAUGCAGAUUCCACUACAAUUUAACACACGCAAAAACAAGUACAAUGUUUUUACAAUGUUGGGUGCAUCUAUUGUUUGAUCUAGUACAGUGGCGGCCAUUGUAUAAGUCCCUUUUCAUGGAUUUUAUCAUGCAUUUCUUCCUGUAUUGUACCCAGAUAGGCUCAAAUACCUCCAAACCGUUCCUUGGAAUUCCAACAGUUAAAGAGCAAAUCCUUAUUUGUUUUAAAUGAUUCCUCGUGGGGAUGGAACAAAAGGGAAAUUCAACUAACUUUUACAAUGGCUUCCUCUGUAUGCAAGUUUUCUUUCUUGCGUAGAUAAGAAGUUUGUACACAGAUACUGCUAUGCAGAUGCAAUAUUAAAGCUGACUAUGCCCCAUGUAAAAGUUACACAGAUACAAUAUCUAAGCUGAAGAGGUCGAAACGCUUACAGGUUGACAUGGGCCUAUGAGUAGUGAUAUACCUCCUCCAUUAGCUAGACUGUAAACAACUUUACUCAUCUCUACUGAAAAGUAAUACACCUAUAACUCAGCUUAACAGUGCAAAGAGGAUGACCUGCUUAAUUACAUGCAAACACAUACAAUUAUAUAUUAAAUGCCUGCAGUUAAUGAAGAAUGACGAUGACUACAGCUAUAAGAGGUUUUGGCAAUUUAACUGUGUCACAUUUUGUGUUCUGUAACCAUGUUUGUUUAGUUCAUAUGAUUUCCUCCAUGUAUGUUUUGUUCCAGAAUUGCCUUCAUGGCACCCACAGAUCACUUACAGCCCUGUACCCUUGCAUGUGUAUAAAUGUACAUAUUUCAAGUCACUUAAAAUUUAUGUGUCUCAUUUCCUCUCUUUUGUGUCAGUAUGAUACAGUUUAGCUGAGCUCUAUUAAAGGUGCUCUGCUUUUUUGCUCGUCUCAAUAGCCUC